GCGCCCCUAGAACAAACAUUUGACAGUACGCCUCCAGACUUUAUCUUGCACCAUGGUCACCACCACCACGUCCGAUAAUAUCGAAGUCGCCGGUGAGGCCGCGCACACACUCUCGCCCGUGACAGCCGCCAAAUCCGCCAAGGAAGUAGACCCCUUUCUUGUUGAAUUUCAGCAGCCAUGCGAUGAUGACAACCCGUUUGACUGGAGCGCCGGUCGUAAAUGGAUGGCCACAGACGUCCUAUCGGCCACCGGCUUCAACCGCAUCAUGGUGUCGACCAUCAUGGCGCCCGCCCUGGGGACCAUUGCCACGGAGCUCAACAUGAACGCUACCGAGGCAGCCAUGUCACUGUCCAUCUUCCUACUCGCAACGGCUUUUGGACCGCUGGUGAUGGGCCCCUUGUCGGAAGUAUAUGGGCGGCAGGCGGUCCUGCACGGAUCUAGUGUCUGGUUCCUCGCCUGGAACCUUGCCUGCGGGCUCGCCAAGACCAAAGAAGCCCUAAUUGCAUCGCGUUUCAUGGCCGGGUUCGGAGGCAGUGCUAUAUAUUCCCUUGGCGCGGGUGUGCUGGGCGAUAUCUGGCGACCUGAUCAACGGGGCAAGACGCUCGGUAUAUAUCUGCUCAUUCCUAUCCUUGGAUCAGCGGUUGGUCCGAUCAUUGGUGGCUUCAUGGCCGGCCGGACUACAUGGCGAUGGAUGUUCUGGUCUACGUCCAUCUUCCAGGCCGUCAUGCUUGCUGUCACCAUGGUCACGUUUCCCGAGACCUAUGGACCAGUAAUCUUGCGUCGCCGUGCAGCCAAACUUCGUAGAGAAACUCGGGAUCCGCGCUAUUAUACGGCUGUCGAGCGCCGGGAUGGAAAACGGUCUGCUGCCCGUGUUAUUGCCAGGGCCUUGGGUAGACCAUGCCGGCUUCUUCUGCUCCAUCCCAUCAUCCAGCUUACCUCCAUCAUGUCUGGAUUUGGUUAUGGCACUCUCUAUGUGGUUCUCUCGACGUAUUCUACGCUAUGGACCGACCAGUAUAACCAGUCUGUGGAGAUAAGCGGACUUCACUAUAUAACCUGUGCCCUGGGGGAGAUUAUCGGGGCGCAGAUCAUGGGCUGGUUGAUGGACAGAUAUUACAAGAGACAGGUACGGGCUAAUUCUGCUCCUGAAGACAGAUUGCCUCUGAUGCUGCCGGCGAUUGUUAUUGGUUGGGGUGGCAUGCUUGUGUAUGGGUGGUUAGCAGAGCGUCGUCUACAUUGGGCGCUUGUUGAUGCUGCUGUUAUCUUCAUGAUGCUUGGCCAGCAAAUGGCUGGUAUGCCAGGAACAGCAUAUGUUAUUGAUACGUAUGCCGAGCACACCAGCAGCGCGAUGGCGGCACAGCAGUUUGUGCGAAGCCUCACAGCCUUUCUAUUCCCGCUAUUUGCUCCUAGCAUGUACUCUAAGCUUGGAUAUGGAUGGGGAAAUACGGUUAUGGGAAUAUCAGGCAUCCUUGUCUUGGGGUUGCCCACAUGGUACUUGUAUAGGCGCGGCAGUCACUACAGGAACAAAGCACGCUCCGUCUACUAAGCAGAGACAUUCGAUCUCAUCUAACGGCGAGUUGUGCGACUCUGUAAAUGUUUGGAUCAUGAAAACUGUGUCGGAUGCUAGAUUAAAUUCACCAUAGACCACUCUUGAUAUAUACUAAAAACUCCGUUUCUAAUACGUAUAUGCCAACACUCACCAAAACUACCCAACACAACGCCUGCCUCUAGAUAUGCACCUCACCUCGCCUAAAACAUCACGUCCCUCUAAGAAACACAUAUAUACUGGUAAACACACGGUACAUUCCGCCACUUAUUGUCUCAAGACGAGGCGCGG